UAAAUCCUUAUCGAACCUUAUGAUUAAACCUAGACAAAUUAUUUAGAGAUGGAGGAUAAGUCGUCUAACCCUUCAACUACAAUUCAAGAUGCAUUUGUAUCAGCGAUAGCAUCAUCUCUUGCUUUAAACUCACCAAAAGGAGAUAAUCUUUCACCCCAAAUUACACUUAAUGAUGAAGAAUCUAUUCCAACUCCUUUUUCUUUGCAUAUUUUGACGCAAAACUUUAGAAAACUCUCUUCUAGAGUUGGGAUUAUAUUUCAAACUCGAGACAUAUUAGCAUCAAUAUUUCAAUGGGAAAUUCCUUCCAAAACGCUUUCUUUUAUGUGUAUAUAUACGAUAAUAUGUAUAAAUCCAUCUUUGGUUCUUGUAAUUCCAACAACAGUAUUUAUUUUUGGGCUUCUUUUGCCAUCUUAUGAAGCUCGUUAUCCUGAUUCUAACUCAUCUUUUUUAAAUAAGGAAAUUAUGCUUGCUAAAAAGUCUCAAACAAAUGGAAAGAAUGCUGAAGGUAGAGAUUUUACUAUUGAUAUGAGAAAUAUUCAAAAUUCUAUGUCUGAUUAUACACGUUUUUACGAUACAAUAUCAAAUUUUCUUCUAAAAUACACUAGUUUUCAUGAUGAAAAAGUAAGUUCAACAGUUUUUUUUUUGUGUGUCGUUAUAUCUCUUUUUUUAAUAUUAUUUUCUCACUGGAUACCUUUGCGUUUAAUAUUUCUCUUACUUGGUUGGGCUUUAAUUUUAUCUAGAAAUGUUAAUAUACAGAAAGCAGUUAAAGUUUUAAUUGAAGAAUAUAAAAAAAAUCAGUUAAAACAUUCAAGUUUUUUUUUGAAUUACGAUUUUAUAUACAAUUGGAUAGAUUAUAACUAUAUACCCCCUGAAAUUCCAAAGAAAAUCAUUUUUGUCGAAAUAUUUGAAUUUACAUUAAAAACAGAUCAAGAGAAUGGGAAAAUUACAUAUUAUUCAUCAAAUCCUUAUGCAUUACCACCUAACAAAGAAUCUACACCAGCAGAAGAAGGAUUAAGAGAGUUAUUAUAUGAUGAUUCUUCUAUUACGGGAAGUAUGAGUUGUGUUCAGCCUCCAGAUGGCUAUAAAUUUGAGAAAAAUAGUUAUUGGAAAUUUGAUACUAGUAAUUUAGAAAAUUUGCGUUUUAAUUCAAAUCAUAAAGAUUGGUCCAGACGGCGACUUACAAGAGAAGUAGUAAUAUCAAGAUAAAUCGAUUGAUUUUUU